AUGCUCUCGAUUAACACCAUGGCCGAUUUCAGCAUAACACCUGCUCGCCUUCUAAUUGCGGCGGCAGUAUUGCUACCGUACUUACUUCUUGUGAAGCGGCUUCGUUUCCAACGUGCCCGCAAAAUCGAGGCGAAGUUCAACGGGCGUCCUCUGUCCAACAUGACCGUGAAGGAAGCCCAUGAGAUCUUCCGCGAACUGCGAGAACUGGAGUUCCCGUAUACCCUGCACAGCGCCAUGAAGCUAUCAUUACUGAAAACCGGGUCGAUUCCUACAAUGACCAAGUUGUUCGUCGCCACCCGCCAGCUCAACGAGAAGAAUGCGUCCAAGCGGGCUGCGGAUACCGAAGUGGUCCUCAAUGAGGUUCAUGACAGGGAGCCCGGCUCUGAGUCCCAUCUAAUGGGAAUUGCACGGAUGAACUACCUGCAUGCUCGGUAUCGCAAGGCGGGUAAAAUCUUGGAUGAAGAUAUGCUGCAUACCCUUGGCUCUGCGGUUGUGGAUAUCGUCAGGGGUGUUGAUAGGAAUGAAUGGCGUCGGUUGACGGAUGUAGAGAGAUGUGCCAUUGGCGUGUUCCAUAAGGCUCUGGGUGACGCUAUGGAAAUCCCUUUCACGUUCCUUCCUUCUCAUGAGACUGGUUGGAAGGACGGGAUACACUUCACCCAGGAGCUCUAUGACUGGACGCUGGCAUAUGAGAAGGUGGCAGCGCAGCCGACAGAUUCGACCCGGUACAUUGGUCGGAGACUGAUGGAGUUGGCCAAAUGCAAUAUGCCUGCGCCGCUGAAGCCAUUGAUCGAAAGCGUUGUCGUUGCCAAAUUAGAAGAACAUAGCAGAAUAAGUAUGGGAUUUGAAAAACCAGGUAUUCUCGUCUCUAUAUUCGCAAAGAGUAUUCUGGUAGUGCGAAAGUUCAUACUGCGUUAUCUCAGCUUGCCCAGACCGGAUUCCAAAGCUGUGCAUGUUUUGAGUGAUUCCCCCGAUCCGACCACGGGGCUGUAUACAUGGAAUCUCUGGAUCGAGCAUCCAUGGUAUAUCAAACCCACCUUUAAGCACAGAUGGGGACCAAAGGCCCUUCUAGUACGGCUCUUUGGGAAUGGGGCUGUCCCUUCAGAGGCUGACUCGUACAAGGAGUCAGGGUACGACCUGCGGACCAUUGGCCCUGCAGCGCAGGAGAAAAGAGGACAGGAUGAGAUGGAGUCUAUUUUCCAGAGCCUGAAAGGAACAAAUUAUGCUGCUGGAUGCCCUUUCCAUACAUGA